AUGCAGCGCAUAGAAUCGCGCAUAGAACUGGCUCACCAGUCUGCGAGGUGUCCGGCGGGUGGCGUGGACUCCAACCAAGCUGCCUGGCUGAAAAUGACCCCCUCCAGCAAGGGUUCCGCCCGACAUCCCUUAGGGUCCCAGGUGGAACUAAGAAGCCAGCCAAGCGGUGGUAACGCCAGUGAAAGCAGCCCGUUCUCUGCCCGAGCUCCGUACCUUCUUCAGCACCAUGCCAAGCAACACGCCGCAAAUGUAACCUUUGCUGGGAAGCCUCUUCAGCGGAGUUCCUACCACAACUUCCCAGGGUUUCCUUCACCAUGUGCGGGUGAAAAGUGCCAAGCCGGCCUUGAAAACGUCUCUGGAUUCCGUCACCCAUACUUCUACAGGUGUACUGUUUCAGAGCCUUUCCCCGCUCAUGGCCCAUGCUGGAAUCCCUUAGAGGACAAGUGCCUUUCGUACGCUCACAACGGUGGCCAGAAAAAGCCGGUAAACGGAGCCGUUGCAUCUCGCAAACCUUGGCACGUUUAUACAGAAGAGAUCCCUAACAACUAUGCUUUUGAUUACUCAGGGUCCUCACAGCCACUCGCUCCUCACCCGGUGAAGAGAAGCCUCUCCCCAACGGCACAGCUCAUCCAGGCGGUAGAACGGCACCAUCGAGAAAUCUCUCAGCUGGCAAAUGACCAUCUUGCUAGGAAUCAUUUGGCUAGCAUGUUUCCCCCCAUAAUCCAGAGAGGGGAGAGCGACUCGCAGCUCCACCUGGAGAGUGGCGAAGAGGCCCAGCCCGUUCUCAGCCGCAGCAAUUCGGAGGGCUACUUGCUUCAGAUGGAAAAGCGAAAAGAAAGGAAAGGAAAGAAAGAGAACCGGAAGGGCUCUAGGGCAAAAGGUUACACGAAGAUGGAUGUGAGGCUUGGAGGCCUGGGACCUGACUAUGAAACCAUCAAAGAAAAAUCAGAAAAGAUAAAACACCAAAAAGUAUAUGCCAAGCAAGUAAAUGAACAGAAUCUGAAGAAUAUGUCAAGUGCACGGAAACCUCAGUCGAAAACGGAGAACAAAUCAGUCGUGUCAAGGCAAAAGGCCCUGGAAUAUGCCAAGACAAUUCCCAAGCCUCGGCUUUUUGUCUCGAGAUCGUCGGAGCAAGAGACCAAAGAGGAGAAAAACCUGGCACGGACUUUAAACGGAGAGAACCUCCCUCCCAUCUCCUCUCUGGAGUCCCUGCAAAAUAGGCACGAGAAGGAGAAGCAGGUGGUGGCUGCAUUCAAAACGCUCCAUAUUGUCUGAUGGGGCCGUUGCCAUCAUCGGCCUCCGCGGGUCUGCCGCGCUCUUCCUGCUCCCCCGUUUUCUUCUUGCCGUGU